GGCACAUACAACAGAGCUUCUCUAAAAUGAGCUCCUCAAUCACCUCCCAGAUUCCACAGGCUUUGCCUUCUCUUCUUCACCGGAGUCGGCGAACAGCUUCUCCGGCGGUCACUCUCAGUCUCGGUCGGUCGCAUCAUGGCGAACCUCGAAAGACAUCCCCAAGAAUUAUUCAAAAUCACCUCAAGAAAGUUGGUUCAGCAAUUCAAAUAGGAGCAGCUUUGGCCACUAUUGAGCUGCCUGCAUUUGCUGUGACUGGUAUGAACUUUGAGGAAGAUUUGACGUGGACUUUGAUACAAUCCGGAAUCGUAGGCACCUGGUAUUUCCUAAUCAUGCCGCCGAUCAUCAUGAACUGGCUUCGGAUAAGAUGGUAUAAGCGAAAUCUGCUCGAGAUGUAUCUUCAGUUCAUGUUCGUCUUCCUCUUCUUUCCUGGUGUACUUCUUUGGGCGCCAUUUCUCAACUUCAGGAAGUUCCCGAGGGAUCCAAACAUGAAGUAUCCUUGGUCCAAGCCAGAAGAUCCCGAUCUCAUUAAGGCCGGAUUCUUAAAGUACCCUUAUGCGGAACCUGAAGAGUAUUCAUAAAAUUUGAACAAACAUCUCUUAUAAUGUAAGAUACAAGACAUCAUGUAUGUAUAUGCCUAAACUUUGGUCACAAUAUAACAAGACUAGUCUCAAAUCCAUAAUGCAAUGAUUCAAAAGAUCAGCUUGUAUC